AUUAGCUUCUAGAGAAGGUAUUCUACAAAGAAAAUUGCAGAUGUCUACGAGGAAGCCAAUUUUGAUCUCGGGCGGCGGCCUCGCUUCCUUGCUAUUGGCUCAAUCGCUACGACAAUCUAAUAUACCCUUUAAAAUAUUUGAGCGAGAUGCAUCGUUUACUUUUCGCGCUCAAGGGUAUCGUCUUAGAUUGUCAUCAGAAGGACUUGAGGCUAUUGAGUCGGUUUUAGACUCUCAAACGUUCCAGCGAUUCUGGGACAAGUGUGGUAAAACGGGCGGCGCCGGCUUUACCGCAUAUAAUGCCAUAACUGGAGAAGAAACCGAGCAUGCCGCUCCCGAAACUUUGGCCUCGCGAGGCGGCAAAAUUGUCGGUAUCGCUCGGGGAGAGAUGCGGAAAGUAUUUUCGGCGGGUUGCGAAGAGCAUAUUGAAUGGAACAAGCACGUAGUUGGAUAUGAACUAAUUGAUAGCGGUGUUGUUGCUGUGUUUGCCGAUGGAGCGAAAUCGAUCGAAGGCUCUAUGCUUGUUGGGGGCGAAGGCAUCUAUUCUAAAGUCGCAAAGCAACUCUCAGGAGGAAAGCUCAAGGUCUAUGAUACAGGCGCCAGAGGCAUACACGGCCAGGCGCCAACUGCGGCUUUCAAAGGCCUCGGAGAGGGCGUCUUUAGCAUACGAGAUAAUACACGGCCAGAGGGUGCUGUAUUUAUCAUUACUAACGUCCGUCCUAGCGAAAUGGAUGACCCCAAUGUCGAAUUUGGGUGGACAAUGGGUGGCCAGCCGGGCAUAAUCAAGGCUCCGAACGAUGAUUACACAAUAGUGGGUAAGCAGGCUGCUGAAAUCGCAAAGUCGUUGGUUAAAGAUUGGCAUCCACGCUUCAAGCCUCUAUUUGAUGAGAUGGCCGAGUCCGAGGCGGCCUUCUGGAAGAUCACAUGCUCAACGCCAUCCGGAGUACCUGAAUGGCCCAACGAGCCUCGCGUUACGCUAAUCGGCGAUGCAGUGCAUUCGAUGACGCCGGCCGGGGGCAUUGGAGCUAAUACUGCCGUUCAGGAUUCAGCUUUGUUGGGCAAAUUAUUACACGAGGCUGGCGGUUAUGGGCCUGGCGUGACUGCCGCGUACGAGCGAGAGAUGAGAAUCUACGCAAGCAAGGCUGUUCAUCUUAGCUAUACCACUGCGGUUGGUUCAUUCGGCAUCACGAUUGAUGAAAAGACCACCCCAACCAUAUAGAUGCAAUUAGAAUAGGAAUCGUCAUCUUUGUUAGUUUGAAUGAACGUAUAAAGCCCUGGAAGCUUGCUAAAACAUCAGCGAGACCGCGGUUUCUUUCAUCAC